AAGGGCAGCAUGGUGAAGAAGGUGGCCAUCAUUGGAGGGGGCAGUAGCGGGCUGUGUGCCAUCAAAGCCUGCCUUCAGGAGGGUCUGGAGCCUGUCUGCUUUGAGAGGACUGCCGACAUUGGAGGGCUGUGGAGGUUUGAGGAGCAGCCCGAGGAGGGCCGUGCCAGCAUCUACCGCUCUGUCAUCAUCAACACCUCCAAGGAGAUGAUGUCCUUCAGCGACUUCCCCAUCCCCGAGCACUUCCCUAACUACAUGCACAACUCCCAGAUCAUGGAGUACUUCCGCAUCUAUGCCAAACACUUCGACCUGCUGCGCCACAUUCGCUUCAGGACCAGCGUGUGCCGCGUGUCCAAGCGCCCUGACUUCGCCAGCACAGGCCAGUGGGAGGUGGUGACUGAGAGCAAGGGGAAGCAGGAGGUGGCUGUCUUCGACGCCGUGCUGGUGUGCACCGGGCACCACACUGAUGCACACCUCCCGCUCAACUCCUUCCCAGGAAUCAAGAAGUUCAAGGGCCACUACCUCCACAGCCGAGAUUACAAGGACUCAGGGGCUUUCAAGGACAAGAGGGUUGUUGUCAUUGGGAUUGGCAACUCGGGGUCAGACCUGGCCGUGGAGAUCAGCCAGGCAGCCAAGCAGGUCUUCCUCAGCACACGCCGGGGUGCGUGGAUUUUCAACCGCGUUGGAGAUCAGGGCUACCCCUUAGACUUACUCACCAUCACCCGCAUGAAGAUCUUCCUGAAGGAGGUGCUGAGCUCCUCCAUAAUGAACAGCUUCGUGGAGAAGCGACUGAAUGCGAGGUUUGACCACUCACACUACGGCCUGAAGCCAAAGCACAGGGUUUUUGACCAGCACCCGACCGUCAAUGACGACCUGCCCAACCGCAUCCUUUCGGGCAGGGUGCAGGUGAAGCCCAACAUCAAGGAGUUCACAGAGACCUCUGCCAUCUUCGAGGAUGGCACCAGGGAGGAGAUUGAUGCCGUGGUCUUCGCCACAGGAUACAGCUUCUCCUUCCCCUUUCUUGAGAGCUGUGUGAAGGUUGUGGAGAACCAGAUCUCCCUCUACAAAUUCGUAUUCCCCCCUGACCUGGAGAAGCCGACGCUGGCUUUCAUUGGCCUCAUCCAGCCUCUGGGUGCCAUCAUGCCCAUCUCUGAGCUCCAGAGUCGCUGGGCUACCCGCGUCUUCAAGGGGCUGAACAAGCUGCCCCCACGGCAUGACAUGGAAGCUGACAUCCAGCAGAAGAAAGAAGGCAUGGCAAAGCGGUACGUGAAGAGCCAGCGGCACACCAUCCAAGUGGAUUACAUCCCCUACAUGGAUGAGCUUGCCUGCCAGGUGGGGGUCAAGCCCAACCUGCUCACCCUCUUCCUCACUGACCCCAAGCUGGCACUAGAGGUGGCCUUUGGGCCCUGCACACCGUACCAGUACCGCCUGCAGGGCCCAGGCAAGUGGGCAGGUGCCAGGGAGGCCAUCCUCACCCAGAAGCAACGUGUCAUCAAGCCCCUGCAGACACGGCCCAUGGAGGAUCACCCCCCAGCCUCCACCACCCCCCGCAUUUUCAAACUGGUUGGGGCCGUGGCUGUCCUCGCCAUCAUUUUUGCUUACUUGUAG